UUAACUUUGCACUCAGGGCAGGUGGCAGCAGUUGUCAUGGAGAUAACUGCGGGCCCGGCGUCUGCUCGUGGGGUUGUUUCCAUGGAGAUCCCGGCCCGGGGUGCGCUCGCAGCGGUAGAGGAGGACGAGGACGGCGAGCUUCAGCACCCUGGCCAGCACCACCACCGCCGCGGCGCGACUUCCACCUCGGGAAACUUUUACAUGCUGGUCGUGAUAGGAGAGGUCGCGACAGAGCACCACCUACACACCACCAAACAACACAUUGAGCGAGGUAUCCGCUCCUGGGGUAUCAGUCUAUCAGAAUGUGACCUGGACCAACAAUUGCAGCUUUUCAUAACCAGACAUUCGGCUCAGUUCUCUGCCGAGGUCAAAGGACAAAGGACUCUGCACCACAAAAGUGAUGUUCUUGAGACGGUUGUGUUGGUAAAUCCAUCAGAAGACUCUGUUGUAUCAGAGAUCCAUUAUCUUGUAUCUGACCCAGCUGUGCACAAGCUACUGGUCCUGAGUGGCCAGAGCUCUGACCAAGGUGACCUGGUUUUACAAACUGGAAUCUUCAGUUAUCAAACCUUCUCACGUGUGUUUGCAGAUCCUGAGAUCAGUAAUCUUCUGGUUAAAGCCAGCCCCGGACAGCGGCCUGUACUGACCGUGUCUUGCCGCAGUGAGGCAGGCUGGAGCUCUUUGGGCCAACAGCAACGUAUUAAGGAGUUGCUGAACUAUAGGCUGAAUCCUGAGCUCAUACUUCCUAAGAUGGAGGGAGUCACUGAGUUCACAGAGUACAUAUCUGAAACUGUGGAUGUACCAUCCCCAUUUGACCUUCUUGAGCCUCCGACCUCUGGAGGAUUCUUAAAGCUCUCAAAGCCUUGCUGCUACAUCUUUCCUGGUGGACGGGGGGAUUCUGCCCUCUUUGCUGUCAAUGGUUUUAACAUUCUGAUCGAUGGUGGAUCUGACAGAAGGUCAUGCUUUUGGAAGCUUGUCAGACAUUUAGAUCGUAUUGAUUCUGUUCUUCUUACACAUAUUGGUGCUGAUAACCUUCCUGGGAUCAAUGGACUCCUUCAGAGAAAGGUUGCAGAACAGGAGGAGGAGCAGUCUCAAGACUCAACCACCUACAGCGACUGGAUGAAGAACCUGAUCUCUCCGGAGCUUGGAGUCGUAUUCUUCAAUGUACCCGAGAAGCUUCGGACAUCAGAAUCGAAUUUGAAAGUCAAGCGAAGCAUUGAGGAAGCAUCUCUUACAUUGCAAUACCUCAACAAACUAGGAAUUAAACCUGAGCCCUUAUCACGAGUGGCUGGUAAUACGAUUGAGCCCAUUACUCUUUUUCACAAAAUGGGUGUGGGUAAAUUAGACAUGUUUGUCCUGAACCCUGUGAAGGACAGUAAGGAAAUGCAGUUCCUUAUGCAAAAGUGGGCAGGUAACAGCAAAGCUAAGACAGGGAUAGUGCUCUCAAAUGGAAAAGAGGGAGAAAUAUCUGUACCGUAUUUGACAUCUAUCACAGCUCUUGUGGUGUGGCUCCCUGCCAACCCCACAGAGAAAAUCGUAAGGGUUUUAUUUCCUGGAAAUGCACCACAGAACAAAAUCCUUGAGGGACUUGAAAAGUUAAAGCACCUUGACUUCCUACGCAAUCCAGUAGCCACACAAAAAGACGUAACUUCUGGGCUCUCACCAACAGCUGUCAAACAAACAAAAUUAAAGCAAAGAACUCACAGCAAAGAAAGUCUUCAGUCAUCUCCUAAGACUCACAGCACCUCUAAGCCUUCCAAGAAAGAAACUGAUGAACGUGAGGACGUGUCCUUCAUUGAACCUAAGAGCGACUCUUUCAAGGAUAACAAGAUUGAGAAAAAAGAAGAGAAAAAAGAAGAAAAAAAACACAACAGACCCCUAAAGCCAAAAGCAGAAGUGGCCGAAAAGAAAAAGCAAUUGAAAGAGAAACCACUGAAUAAGCACCCAAAAGAAAAGGUGUCGAAAAUGGAUGAAAAGAAAGACAAAGAAAAGAAAGAAUUAAAGAAAGAAAAACGUGAAAUAAAAAAAGAAGAUGGUGUGAAAAAAGAAGAGAAAAAGGUUAAAGCCAAGGACACUUCAAAUACUGAACUGAGGAAAAUAACUAAACCUGACCUGAAACCUUUCACACCUGAGGUCAAGAAGACCCUCCACAAAGCCAAAACCCAAGUGAAACCCAAAACAGUAAAAAGCAAACCGAAAACUGCCAAGGUUGACAGUGGGAAGACUGUAAAAAAAACAGUGACUGAGAAGAUUGAGCCUAAGGCACAAAAGAAUGGGACAGGAGAAGACACAUCUGCUUCAUCUACUCUAGAUUUAACUAAAGACUUUGCCAAGUUGUCACUCACUGAAUUAACAGGACAUACUGAAGCUCCUAAAAGUGCCCUUACCAUCUCAGAAUUAACAGCUGAAAAAGACAAUGAACGUCCAAAAACUGCAGAAGAAGGGGAGCAAGAUGAUGUUACUCAAGCUGCAACAACUGUCUCAGAACAAAAAGAGAAUGAGGGAACGGCAUCAGCAGAAAUCAAAGAAGCAGUAGCUGUAGAAGAAGUGAAAGAACAACAUGAGGAGCCUCAGUCAUCAGAAUUAGAGAAAUUUGAGGAUGAGGGUACAGGUAUUGAAGAUGAAGAUGAGGAAGAGGUUGAAAUAAAGAGUGUUAAGAGGACAGAUGAGGAGGACGAGGAAGACAUGGGUAUAGGUGACGAAGAGGACGAAGGGGCAGCAAAGGAAACCAAAGACUUUGAAGUAGCGGACAGAAAGCACGAAGUGGAGGAAAUGGAGAAGCAAAAACAUAGGGAAGAAAGUAAAGCUGAAGCUGAGGAGGAGAUGUUUGAAGAUGAUGAUGUGAUUGAAAAAGCUGAACUAGAAGAAGCAGAAGAUUUGGAUGCCAUUGCAGAUGAAGAAAUAAAAGAUCUCUCUGCUGAGAAAGUAAAGGAAGACCAUGAUGCAUACUUGUCAAAUGUUGGAGGUGUCACAGCUGGCAUUACCUCUACUGCUCAAGGAGCUGCAGCAGCAGAUAACUUAUCAUACAUCCAGGAUGAGACCUUUCCAGGUUAUCCAGAGACUGAGCAGACAAUCUCAGAUGAAGAGAUUCAUGAAGAGGCAGAGGACAGGAUACCACACCUCCAAUAUGAGGGUGGUAGCUAUGAUGUCUCAGUCCCAGACCAACCAGGCUCCUUUGUUGCCAUUCAAGGAAUGAAAGAAAUACCAGCAGCUGCACCAGGCAGUGGGACUAGCAAACCACAGGAGCCUGCUAUUUCUAUCUACACAAACAUAUUUACAGCUCCAUUAGCUGAAGAGGAACAUGUUUCUUCAGCAACGUCCAUAACUGAGUACGACAAGCUGUCCUCUUUACCCACUUCUGUUGCAGAGGAUCAGUCAGUAGCAUCAAUCACAGCACCUCAGACUGAAGAUACCGGAAAAAGUUAUCUGCUUUUAGAUACUGUAAACACUGUACAUCCUGUUGGCCAGAAAGAGGCCACUCAAGGAAAGGAUUAUUUACAUUCAGCCGGAACGAUCUCACCAACAUCUUCACUAGAGGAGGACAAGUGUUUUAAAUCAUCUCCAUCACAGGAAUCUCCUCCACCUCCCUUAGAAGGAAAAACAGAGGGGAUUGAGAUUGAAGCCCAUUAUGACGAUGAAGAUGAGGAUGAGUAUGAAGAUCAAACACCAAAUGUUGACAUUUCACUUGAAAAGUUACAAGAAGGAUAUGCCUCACCUGAUAAACUUGAAAACAAUGAGAAAGAAAUGGACAAACCCAAAAGUCCUGUGGCUUUCAUUCCAGAUUCUUCAACUGACAAAAAAUCCUUUCCUUCUGAGAUGGCGACAGGAUCAGAAACACUCUCUUCUCCAUCACACAGCAUUUCUAAGCUUCCGAUUACUGAAUCCAGUGUUUAUCCAGAGGUGGAAGACCGCUGCAUUAGCCCUGAUGACAGUACUGUUAAAAUGGCUUCUGGACCACCUAGCACAUCCCACUCUCCCCUCAGAAUGUCACCUGUGGAGGGGAAGGAUAAAAUCCCCCUUAAAGAGCCUCAUCAUGAACCACAAGAGCCAGUUAGCCUUACUGAAAUUAAAUAUGAAAAGGACAACGAAAAGGAAAUAACUCAAGCAGAAAAGGAAGAAACAAAAAGUACAGACUUGUCAACUUCUGCACUGCCUGUAUUUGGAGAAAAUGUUGAGAACCUAAAAGAAAGUGUAGCAAUAAGGAGUACUGAGGUAAUGCCUCAUCAAAUUGCUGAAAACAAGGAUAGAGUUGAAGAGGACCUAAAAGAGAGCAGUAAGUCUAUGAUUCUAGAGGAUAAAGAUGGCAAGUUAUCUGAUGAAAAUAGAAGAAAGAGAAAUAGAGAAAGAAAAGAAGACCAAUAUUUAUCACAUCCAGAGGUAACAAAACAUGAUGAGGUAAAAGAGAAAACAGCAUUGCCCUCUAAAGAGGAUUUUGCUGAGAAACAUAUAAAAGAGGACGAGUUGCAAGAUCACAGUUCUCCAACAGUCCUGGAAAGGUCUGAGAAACAAAUAGAAGAAAUUCAGUCAGAGAAAGUUGAAAUAUCUUCCAAACUGGAUCUGGAAUCCAAAGAGAAAUAUAAGACUGAUUCAUCUCAUCAGUUCAUGGAAGCAAGCUUAGAUAUUAAAGUAGAAACAUCAACAUGCCAUGAACUAAAAGAAAACACUGUAGACGCAGAUAUAACAACUAAAUUGGAAAAGAUGUCUGAGCAGACAUUAAAGUCAAUUGAAGUUUCAGUGGAAAGUGAUGCUACUGUCUGUAAAGUAGACCAGCUUCAGAAAGAUGCAGAUGUUACCUUAAGAGAUGAUAAAAAAACAGAAAUUGACACUUGUCUGGCAUCUGACAAAAUCAUUUCAGCUGACAAAGAACAUGAAGAAUCUAAGGAUAACAGUGCAGAAGAAGUAAAAUCUCUAAAACAAGAGGAACUCUUAAACCCAGAUAUGCAUGUAGAGGAGAGUCAGUUCUUCAGUUCCGAGAAAACUAAAGAUGAUCAAAAAUUAAAAGAGAUGCCAGUACAAGAGAAGGAAUCUCAUACAUUAGGGGUAGCCCCAUGUGAGACUGAAAUUACAAGCAAACAAGAUGAAGAACUGAAGGAGAAGUUUGUGAAAGAGGCCCAAACCACCCAUUUAGAAAUUGCAGACCAGAAAGAAGAUUAUGAACCUGUAGCAGCCCAACCUCAACAUGCAGAGCACCUAAGUACCGAAGAUACAGAGAAAAUUGUAGAAGACACCAAAUCCCAAAGAAAAAUAUCACUUUCAGAUAAAACUGAUUUUUCACCAAAAUUUGACCAUGAAUUUAAAGAUGAGCAAGCAGACUUAAGUUCAUCUGCUAAAGAACAUCAGAAUUGGCAAGACAAAGAGGUAGAGGACAAAAAAGAAGUGUCAGUUAGUUCAACUGGCAAACCUGAUGAAGAAUCUACAGCACAUCAGACUUACGGAGCAAAAGAUGUGCUUACUAUCUCUGAAUCUGAUUAUAACUCUAAACUGGAGAGCCAAUUUCAGACGAUAACAUCUAGUAACAAAGAUUUACUAGCUAAAGAGGAUGAGACAAGCAAAUCAGAACAGCCGGUUAUGUUUAAAGACGUACUGAAAGCAAGUGAAUCCAAAGAUAAGAGUUUGGAUGACAGUCAGCUUCAGAUCUCUGUAGAUCCAUCGGUAUCAGAUUCUGCUGCUAAGCAGGAUGAGGAUUAUGAAGAAAAACAUAUUGAAGAGAUUGUGGCUAAAAUACCUCAACCAGGUAUUGUGACAGAAGAACUUAAAACCAUACCUGCAGAAGAAAACAUUCAGAAAAAUCAAUCAGAAUCAGAAAAAAAAGUAGAUUCAAAGUCAGAACAUGAUUCUGCUGGCAAAUUGUUUGAAAAAGAUGUUGUAAUAUCUGAACAAAAUCUUCUCACUGAGCAUGAUUUUAAAGCUACCAUUGAGUCUGAGAAAUUAAUAAAAGAUGAUACAUCAAAAUUGGUGUCAGAGGAAAUGAAGUCUAUAGCUGAAAUGAGUCAAGAAGCUAAAAAGGAAUCUCUUUCAGAAUCACCAGAACAAAUGUUUGGGACCUCAGAUCUUAGCUGUAAAGAUCAAGUCAAACUCAAAGAUGAGCCCCAUGAGCAGUACACAUCUUUACCAGAAUCAGAUACGUUACCAUCAACAGACAUUGGAUUAAAAUUAAAUUUAGAUUAUAAAGAAAAAUUCAUUGAAGAGAUUGCACAAGAAACCUUGACUGUAGACAAAACAAAAGACAGCAUAAAGACAACUUUUGAAACUACGUUUCCAACUAAAUUCUCAGACGAAGAUGAAAGUACAGAGGAGGAUGAAGGAGAUGCUGUUUUUAUGGGAGGUGCUGGUUCAAGACCGUUAUCAGUUGAACCCUGGAAAUUGGAGGAACUAAAAGCAAGCACUUCUGGACAAUCUUUAACCCCUGAUAUCAGUAUACAAAAAGAGGAAAUUGUUACCCAUUUAGAAGAAAAAGAGUUGACUAGAGAUUCAAGUGAAACAUCACCUGAACCAGAGAAAGCGUUUAGGGUGGAGACCACAUCUCCAACUCUUGCUACUGGAGAAGAUGACAGUAGUAAAUCUGUAACAGAGAUUUCCAGUCAGCUUCCUCUAGGUGAAAGCAAAGUACUGAGUAUCACACUGUCCGCCUCUGGCAGUCAGUCAAGUGUUGAGGAUGCCAAACAUGAAAUAAAGGAGACUGCAAAACCUAAGGAGGCUGAGCGGGAAAGGGAAGGAGAACGUGAAAUUGCAUCUCCAGGAACUGAAUCACAUUCAGAUUUUCAAAAGACUGACAGUGCUGAUGAAAAAUGUGCUGAGAAGGCUGAAACUGAGAAGAUUGCAUUCAAAGAGGAAAAAGAUGACAAGAUGACUUAUGAAGUAGAAAAAGAAAGCUAUGAGGCUUCUAAAUAUGAGCCAUAUGAAAAGCCUAUUUCAAAAGAUAAAGAGGAAGAGGAUCAGCACUCUACUCUGGAUAUCGAUUUAGACAACAGAAUUGCAAGUCAGUCCCAUUUGCUUGGAGCUGUGUGCCUAGUUGAGGAACAAAGUGAUGAUGAACCAGUAUCUUUUAGCAAGGUUGAUUAUCAGACUUCAUUUACUGAGCCUAGGACAAGUAUUCACAGUAGCCACAGUGCCUACUCAGAGCAAGAUAAUAAGGAACAAUACCAAGAAGAACAACUGGUUAGGGAAGUGAGACCAGAUACAGUUUAUCUGGACAACAGUUUGACAUAUGCAGAGACUUAUGAUACCAGACCCACUUCUGCAGCAGGUUCAAGCUCAUUUGCCUCUAGCGAUUUACAAGACAAAUCAGAGAAAUUGGAGAGAGAGGAGAAAGAGAAGGAGAAAGAAACAAAAGAGGACACACCUUCUCUUUCUGAUGGAGAAGAUGAAAGUCUUGCCAAAUUGUCACAUGAAGAACCUUGUACGUUUUCUUCCAGUGUUACACAAUCUGAUAAGUUAGAGAAAGACCAUACAACACAGCAGACCCCUAAAUCAGAUGACUUGGACAAGACCAAAACUUCAAGUAAAACUGAAACCCAUGUGGCCGACGCUUCCUCCCAGCAAGGGAUUCUCACAUCAUCACAAGAUCAAUCAAGUAGUAAAACAGCAUCAUCAGCUUCUGUCUACCAUGAGAGUGAAAUCUCAAAAAGUGAAAUCAGUAAAGAUAAAAAUAAAUUUGAUUCGGAUGAAAGCAAAGAGGACCCAUUUUGUUCUGGUCGGUAUUCACCCCCUGAGAAGGAUAUACAUCCUCCCAGUUUAUUGCCCGAAGAAGCAGACACUAGUGCCGCUGCUUCUAGUUUUUCUGGGCAGUUGAUGCAACCUGAUGACAAUGUUCUUUCGCAUGAGUCCACUAGCAAAACCGAUUCUCUUACAAGCAAGUCAUUGACUGUGAGUGCGGAGGCAGAGGAAUGUUCGGUCAGAAGCCAGAAAAUAUUUGCAGAAGGAGAGGAUGACUAUGAGGAUGAAGAAGAAGAGGAAGAUGUAAGUGACUUGGAUAUCGAAAAGGGUGCCAGAGAGAUCUCUGAGAAAGAGUCUAAAGCAGCUUUUGAUAUUACUGAUACAUCUAAACCACUUGGUAUAAAACAAGAAGAGGCCACAGUACAACAAAAGACCACUGGUUCAGAAGCUGGAGCAGCUGUACUGGCAGGCACAGUUGGUCUCUCACAAACAACAGAGCCGUCAGUAGUACUAGAAGAUAAGCAUGAUGUAUGCAGCAAAGAUGGUGAACAGUCAAAGCACACUAGUUUAGUUCAAUCUGAUACACCCGAGGCCAGUGAUGUCAAACAUGAGCAUGAACUACAGACAGCUUCAGAUAGAAAGACUGAAGGGUCUGAAUUUCUAGCCAGUGCUCAGGCAGCCAUGUCUGAUGCAACUUACUCUUCAUCAUCAUCCUUCAGUUACUCUUCUUCAACCUCUGCUUCGUAUUCAACUGGUCAACACUUUGUAGAAAGGUCUGACACCCCAGUUACAGUUCCUGGUGGCCAACUAAGGUCAGAUGGAGACAGUAUAUCAUAUGAGUACUCAUCACUGAAAGAGGAAGAAUCCCCAAUUAUGGAUUUACCAUAUUUAAGUUCUGGGGUACAUUUAAGAGAUGAAUACAUGGAAGUUUCAGAUAGAUUUGGGCUUGGUACAACGACAGCCGAACCAUUAUCCAGUAUGGCCAAGUUUUCUCCCCUCAGUCCUUUGGAAGAAUCCAAAUCCUUUCUUCAAGAUCAAACAUCAUCAGCAGAGGAAAAGUCAGAGGAGGACAUGUCAAGCAUUAAAUCUGACAGGGAUCAUGUUUCUGAUCUAAAUCGUAUGUCUGUAACAGAACCACACUGCUCAAAACUUCCAGAUUCAGCAGCGCCUGAGCUUGCACAACCAACAGAGAUGGCAUCCGACACAUCCCAUAUGUUCAAUAUUGCACCUUUGGUGAAAGCUGACUCUGCUGACAAACACUCAGAGGGAAAAUCCUCAGAUGAGGAGCCUGAGGAUAACAAAAGCAGUUUUGACGAGGGAACCUUACCAUGCAGAAUUGAAUGUGACAGAUCUCUAGCUCCUGAUCAAAAAUCAGACGACAUAUCAUUAACAGGGCAACAUACUGAUGCUAAAAUCUCAACCACAAAAUCUGACUUGCUCAAAGCAGAUGGGUCAACAGAAAUUAUGAGCUCUCAGAAGGUGCCAGACACAGCAUGUGGAACACUCAGUAUUAGCCCAGUAAGUGAAGAUAUUAAGCAAGAGGAAGAUAAAAAGUCAGAGGAAAAGAAAGAGGAGGCUGAGAAAACACAUGAGACAAUAGAACUAAAAGAAGCAAAAGUGAGCAAGAUGGAAUAUGAAAAGAAGAGUGAGGCAGAUGAAAAUAUAAAACUUACAGCAAUGGAAGAAAAAGAGAUAAAACAUGAAGAGAAGGUUGAUGUAAGCUUAGAAAAGAGGGACGAUAGUCCAGAUAAUAGCAAAAAAGAAAAGUCAGAGCAAAUGAUGGAGAGUGAAAGAAAAACUGAAUUCCUGUUAGAUGAACCAAAGGAAAAGAAAGAGACAGAACAGAAGGAAGUGAUUGGAGUAAAGGAGGAAUCUAAAGCAAAAAUGGAUGAGAAGGAACAAAUAGAAGUAAAGAUGGAAACAGACAGCAAGAAAACAGAUAAAGUUGAGUCUAGCCAGUAUAGCAACCUCACAUCUGCAGUGCAGAAUGAAGAUGUUGUGAAUAUAAAAGCUCCACCUGGCUAUGGGGAGGAUGUUUAUGAAGGUAUGGAGGAGGAAGAAGACAAUGAAAUGAUAAAGUAUGAUUUAAAAGAAUGCCAAUCAACUCAACCCUUGUCUCAGUCAUCUGAAGCUCAGGCCUGUUACUCUGAAGUGUCAGAUGAAGGAUUAACUCGACCUUCUGACCUCUGCAUGGAAGCCACAUCCUCUCAUUCACCGUCACUCUUGAAACACCGUAAAGGAGAUAUCUCUCCAUCUUUUAUUAACCCAAGCCCACAUGAAUUCUCUAGUGAAGAGGGAGAGGAGGAUGCCAGAAGUGAUGGUUCAAGGGAAGAUGAUGGGGAUGAGCGUGAGCAGCACUCCAUCAAGAGAAGAUCUCAUAAAAAGCAGCAUUGUCCUUCCCAAAGCCACCAAGAGGAUGGCAAGGAGGUUUCACAGAGCCUUCCUAGUGGUACGAAAAGCGGACAAGCCGUUCUGCUGGCAGGGGAAGAAACUCCUCCUACAUCUUUAAGCGAGUCAAUCCCAUCUCAGUCUGACUCAGAUGUUCCUCCAGAGACUGAAGAAUGUCCAUCAAUUACAGCAGAGGGAAAUCUUGACUCUGAUGAAGAUGCAGAGCACCUACCAGUAGAUAAAACAUCUGCUGCUGGUGGCAGUGGAGGAAGCCAUCAUUCCUCCUCCCCAAAGAGUCAUGAUCCCCCACCCAUCCCAAUGAAAGACCCUCUUCCUCACCCACCACAUCCCGAUGUGUGCAUGGUCGACCCAGAGGCCCUUCUCAAUGGUCAGACCCACAUAGAACGACCGGUGAAGAAAGACCCUAAACCCUUGAGGAAGAAAAAAUCUGCAUCACCUGCAGGUAAAGGAGAUACAAAAAGCAGAAGAUCUACCACCCCAGUGAAGCACAUAUCCAAAGACUCCUCGACUCACGCCCCUUCUCUUAAAAGAAAAGAUUCAGAGAAACUAUUUCGAUUGUCCAAAAUGUCUGAGACACAGGGGUCUAGGGGAGACAUGUUCAAUUCCGGAAAAGGAUUAGUCAAUGGAGUUAAGAGUAAUGCAGGUUCUAACCAGAAGUCAAACACUGGGACUCCACCUGGCCCACCUAUAUAUGUUGACCUAGCGUACAUUCCUAACCACUGCAGUGCUAAAAAUGUUGAUCAAGAGUUUUUCAAGAAGGUGCGUGCCGCAUAUUACGUUGUCAGUGGAAAUGACCCACCCAGUGGUGAACCCAGCCGUGCGGUUUUAGAUGCGCUGCUAGAAGCCAAGGCACAGUGGGGCACCAACCUUCAGGUUACUUUAAUACCAACACAUGAUACAGAGGUCACUCGGGACUGGUAUCAGCAGACCCAUGAAAGACAACAGGACCUGAAUAUAAUGGUGUUGGCCAGCAGCAGCACCGUGGUCAUGCAGGAUGAGUCUUUCCCGGCCUGCAAAAUAGAAUUUUGAGUUUUUCCACUUAUAGCUUGUCAUUCGUUUCUAAUUUAUUUCAAAUCUUUUAGGGUUAGGUUCACCCACAUCUUUUCAUCAGCUACCAUUUCUAAUUUAUACUCUACUCCUCAAAGGCAACAAAAUCCUAGUGCUGUCAAAAGACUUACAAGCUUUCUUCCUGAUUUAAGCUAACGUAACUGUUUUGAUUGCAUCUGCAAAGCUUUGGCAGAAAAUUGAAUGUUCACUAUCUAGCGGCUAUGAAAAAAUAUAUAAUAUAUCUGUGGAAGUCCAUUGCAAAUUGAGUUUGUUAAAAUAUUCGUAACAUAAAUAACAAAGUGACAAAAAGUUUGAAUUCAAAGCACAAAAAUAUGUUAUCUGAUUAUUGCUCUGUCCUCAAUAUUAUCACAUGUUUCAGAUGUAUACGUAGACACUAUGGUCUGCAGAACAAUAUGUAAGGACACAAGGCCAAAAUUACAGGUCUGUGAGCUACAAUUAGGGCUACUAUUAGAUCACAUGCCAAGAAAAAUCCUAUACUAAAUUGCUAAUCCAAAUAGAAUUGUGCCAAAUUAUUAACCUCAAUUAUUCCAAAUUGUGCAAAAUUACAAGAUAUUAAUCAUUAUUUAAUUAAAAACACAAUAACUUUGAGAAAUGUGUUAAUAGUGGAAUAGUACAUGUAUGAAGAAUUAUGCUUGAUGUGUGAUGGCAUCUUUGUAAAAUACUAAAUUACAACAAUUACGUGAAUUUUGACUGACUAUGCUUUAAUAUGAUACUGUGACUGGUUGAAAGGUUAUACAAGGCAAAAGAAUAGUACAGAGGAAUUUUAACUGUAGUUUUUCAGUAGUUGGUAUUGCAAUCACUUUAUUUUAAAGCAUGAUAUUUUAGCUCAGACUAAACGUUGUCUGUAUAUUAACCAGAUGUUCUGAUGUGGGGAUCUGAAGACUUUACAGUGUCCACCUUUUUCUUUAAAGCGGAGUAAACUAAAACAACACCCACACCCACAGCACCAUGAAUGGAGUAGAUUGCCUUGAAAUGAAGUUUUGUAGUUUAUUGCCAAUUAUAUGAUGUUCUGAUGCACGAGUGAGGGUUUUAAUAAUUUUUAAUUUUCAGUGUCCCCCAACAAUGCUUUCAAUAUUGUAGAUUCAAUAUUCCAGAAUCUAGAUAUUUUUCCUAGAUGAGGUUUCCCUAAUACAUACGCACUUUAGGUUUAUGUUGUAUAGGCUGUCUGGUGGUGGAAAUCACACUGUGUAGCAGUAGAAGCAAGUAAAAAAGGUUUCGGUGGUUGCUGUGAGAGUAAACAGUGCGGUUACCCUCAUGUGCCUUUUGCAUGGACCAUUUAGAGACAAGAGUGUUGCCUGACAGAGAAAACGCUAAAACACACCUACAGUACAUACAGUAAAAACAAUACAUCUUAGAUAACAGACAUUUACUUUGGAUUAUGUGGAAUUAGAACUGCCUUUAUAUUGCUCAUUUAGGUUUCGCUAAUAUUGUUACAAGUUAGCAUCACAAUAAGGAUCUAAUGUUUAUAAUUAUAGCAUUAUAUGCAUCGAGUAUGAUUGCAUUUUUAUCUAAUGAAGAAGUGGGUUUGGUAGGUAGGUAGCAUGUAAAUAAAUGAAGUAAUGCAUUAAUUUAUUUAAUAAAAGUAAAUAUAUAAAACUUUUAAUCCGAUUGAGAUCAUAUGAUUUUUUUAUCUGACACAGUGGACUGAAUGAUGAACUACUUUAGUUAGUUGGUAUCGAAUUGUUGAUAACAAAAACUCAAGCACCAGAAGAGGACAGUGUAUUUUUUUAAACACAUUGUUGUUUACAUGAAUUUGGAAUUUUUAUGCAGCAUUAGUGUCGCCCCUAAAGAUUUCUGCAGGACUUUUAAUUAUUUGAAUGUUACCUGAUGCAGAUUUUUUUAUAUUUGGCAUUUACAAAAAACAACCAAUACAGGCAAAGUUAACAUAUAUUAUCAAGCUCUCAUUGGGUUCCAAUGCAUUACAGUAUAUCAGCCUUUGUUACUUAUAGCAAACCAUCAAGCUGACAAACGUACAGCACUUUUUUCUUUAAAAGUAGCCUUGAUAUCAAGAUAUAUCAUUUUUUCAUGACCUUCUUAACCUUUACUCCUAAUCCACACUGAGUUUAUCUCUGUGUGCUUUAGUGUAUCAAUGCUGUUUUAUGUAUUCAGACAGUAUUAUUCAUUGCCGUGGACUUAAAUUAAUCAAAAUUUAUCAACAAAAUGGUGGAAUUUCUGUGUACUCGUACUAGCUAUGAACGCACAUGAUAGCCUUGGUGGUAAAAGCCUAAGAAUUUACCUGACCUAAACCCCGCAGUUUGAAAACCACUGGUUUAACCCACCCAUGGGUUGAAAACCCCCAGCAUUUUUAUAGAUUAAACUAGUAUCAAAUUGUAUUUUGGUUAAAAAUACAGAUAAAAAUCAUAUUAAUCCCAAUAAUAUACAUAAAUUAAAGCAACACUGAGACCAAAAUCUUUUCCUUUGCUUGACAGCAAAUUGGGCUGAAUCUGUCCUGUCCUUGGUGUGAAUAUAUUUUCUUAUUUGAUUUUAAAUACCUGGCCUUAGGAACAAGUACUACAUGGUCUUGUUGAUUAGCUGUGAAUUCUUUACACAAAAUCAUUUGUGCUAAAGAUGAAUGCACUAACUUUAAAUAAUAUUUUUGAAUGUAAAAGUUUGCUUGAUCAAAACAAAGAACUAGCAAAAUAUGCACAUGGAACGGAUAAACCUCAGAAAAUGGGUCACAGAAGAACAAAGGUUCUGGAUGAAGAGUGACUCAAAAUAUUAAUGUACACCUCAAGCCAAUGCUGAGUUCAGUACUUCACUACUCUCUUAAAAAAAAUAAUAUUACAAGGUUUGCAGAGGGCUGUUUCACGACUUCUGUACCACACUAAUACGCAAAACGCUACAGAUGUGAGGGUUUUCUCGAAUAUGACUUGAAAUGCCAAAAUGGAAAUAUAAACAAUGGCAAAACUGUACAUAGUACUUAAAAUAGCUGACAGUCAUUUACGUGAUAUAAUUUCUUUCAAGAAAAUCCUAUGGUCAUUGUAAUUUCCUUUUAGUAAGGUAACAAAGACUACCAUUUAAUUCUCCAAGUACAUAUUUUUAUCAUGUGAUGGACUUAUUUGGCCAUACGGUUAUAUAUGCGUGAUCUUUGCAUGUGACCUUAUUAGUUAUACUGAAUGUAAUCGUUUAAUAAUCAGAAAUAAAAGAAAAAUAUUUUAAGAAGAUAUAUUUGAACAAGCUAAUUGUCUUUAUGGUACUGAAAUAUGCAUAUUAUCGGGCUUGGCUUCUGUUUGCCCUGAGAUGUUGUUGAGAAGAUGCUGUGAUAUUUCUUUGUUCUUUGGCGCUGUAUGAAUCUUAGUUUCUUCUAUUCUUUAGUGCAAUAUUCCACAUUCUGUAUUUAAAGCUCAAAUGUAGACUUCUGCUAAUUUACUGUAAAGGGAAACCAUCCAGGUGAUCAUCAAUAAAAACAUUAAGGAAAAUUUGCAA